AUGCUUCCAAUCAACAUCAAUACUUCAGCAUCUGAUUUCACGAAAGAAGAUUUAAAGGCACUGAAAGUGAGGUUCCAACCAGCCCCGUCCGAAGGCCACGCCAUUCCUGAUAAGGAUUUCACAGAAUUUCCGCAACAAUAUGUUUGUCCCAAAAUCAGUAAAACGAUACUCAAUGAACCAGAUUUUAAUGUUGAUAAUAUUAGCGAAAUUCCGAAUAAUAGCGUCCGAUCAUUCAUUUAUACAUUGCAUGAUGUCACGAGAAACUUAGGGAUACCCGAAACUAGAACCAACUCAAUGGUUGAAGAUUUGCUUCGUAUUGCUAUGAUGAAUGGCUGGCCCUUAUCGAUAAUGUAA